AGGAUUGGAUUGUGCAGAGGGUUGAUGGUGUUGCCACGUCAAAUGAUAGAGUCGUGGGCUUCGACGCUUGAGUAUCUCUCGCUGGUGGAAUUAAGCAGCCUAAGGAAUCUACCAAUGGUAAUUGACUGCCUCUCAAAAUCAGCUCGUCUCAGAGAAUUGAGAAUUGUUGGUAUUCCUAAACUUUGGGCUUCUCGUAGUGUUAAGAGUUGGCCUUUUGACAACAUGUGGAAAUUAAGGAUAGAUGUUAGUGAGGAGUGGUCAACGGAGACUAGUGUUGGCAUUAAAGAGACUGUGGAUGGCAUAUUGCAAGGAUGUUGCAACUCACUUACUUUGUUAAAAUUUAUUGGGGUGGAAAACUGGGAUUGGAUGCCAGGGUCAAUUCAACAUCUGAAUGCUCUUUCUUGGUUAGUUUUAGAGAAUUUAGGGGUUGAAGAAUUGCCCCAAUGGUUUGGGAACCUCUCAUCUCUAGAGGAGCUCAAUCUAUUUAAUUGCAAAAGGCUUGAGGCGUCUACCCUCUGGCAAUGCGUCAAAGCUCCUCACUAAAUUACGAUCCUUGAUUAUUAAAGAUUGUCUACAAUUGCGCAUUGAUUCUGAGUGGCACAACAUUCCCCAUCUCAUCAUCCAAAUUUGCCAUUCUACAGAUGCUUCAGCCACAACUUUACGAGCAAUUGAUUCGCAGGAGGAAAAUGUUGCUGCAAGCCGUGUAGAAAAUCUUGGAAGUGAACCAAUAUCCAUUUCAGAAAGUAAGCCAGGCGCUGAGAUUCUUAUUGAAGAGUCCUCUUAUAUGCUUGACUGGGGUGAUUUCAAAGGUUCCCACAGGAGACUCAAAUUCUUCAUCAAUUUCAGAAUACGACAUCGAGCAGCAAUUUGCAGAUGAAAUUGAACAAGAGGGUAUCCUCUCAGAGGAUAGCGAAAAAGAGAUGUCUAUUAGUGGCUUUGAAGAGUCCUCUUAUAUUCUUGAUGGGGUGAUUUCAAAGGUUCCUACGGGACACUCAAAUUCUUCAUCAAUUUCAGAAUACGAAAUUGAGCAGCAAUUUGCAGAUAAAAUUGAACAAGAGGGUAUCCUCUCGGAGGAUAGUAAAACAGAGAUGUCUAUUAGUGGCUUUGAUUCACAGCAAAGAGUUGAAUCAGAGUGCCAUGGAGAAAUUCAGGCAAUGAAUGCGCAACAAGAAACUGAACCUACUUCAUCUAAUGUGGAAAGAAGUAAGCAUCAUGAGGAGAAUGUUAUAUUCCCUAUUUCUUUCCAAAAGAUGGAACAUUAUUUGGUUGUUCUAAAGGAUAAGCAGCUAUGGCUAAAAUUGGAUAAUCACAUUAUCUUGAUCAUCGGAGAUUAUCCAUCACCAUCACCAACACCUAACAGUUCCGCGGUGAAUGUUGUUCUGAAUUUGGUGGAACAAGACUUGCAUGAGCUAUCUGCGAAGCCAAAUUACCCUAAUUCUUUGAUCUUAUUACUACAGAGAAAUAGACGUUUAACUAUUAUUCAUCCCUCACUUUUCGAUAGCAUGCCACACUUGAGUUUCUUAGACAUAUCAGAUACUAAAAUCAGGAUCUUACCUAGUUCACUUUUCAAUCUUUCGAAGCUCAAAGUGUUGUUGUUGAGGAACUGCAUUUGUCUUGAAAAGCUUCCACCUGAAAUAGGAAAGCUCAAGAAAAUGGAGGUAUUGGAUCUUUCGGGCACUGAGCUCUACGACCUCCCUGAUGAAAUCAGUCAGCUUGAACUUGUGAAGAGCAUGCAACUAUCCUUUUAUGGACCGGACCAUGAAAGUGACUACGAACAUUUGCCUUCUCGAUUAGUUUCUCCCGGUUUUCUAUCAGAGAUCAAAGGAUUACAGUCGCUAAGCAUCAGCGUGCACCCUGAAGAUCACCGAUGGACAGAAGUUGUUGCAUGCAUACUAAAGGAUAUCAGCAAGUUGGAGAUUUUGAGUUAUCUUCUCUUCUACUUUCCACAAGUAGAAAUGUUUGAAAAUUUCAUUGAAAUGAGCCCUUCGUGGAAGAAGCUGAGCUUAAGCAAGUUCAACUUUACUGUUGGCCAAGAUGUGAAGCGAAUUGCUUCUCGGGUCCCAGAUGAAGUGGAUUCAUUGUUCAGUCAAGAAGAUAGAUGCUUGAGGUAUGUAAAUGGUGAUAAGGCAUCCCCAUCGAUUAAUACCGCAAUCAUCCGUGUCACAUCAUUCUACUUGGAUCAUCACACUGAGGUCAGGAGCUUGUCAGAAUUCGACAUUCCUAACUUCCAGACACUGAAAUUCUGUGUCGUGCGAGAGUGUCCAAAGAUCCAGGCGAUCUUGGAUGAGAAAAAUGCGGAAAUUGCAUUUCCACGUCUAGAAUAUUUGGGAAUCUACUUUCUAUGGGAACUCAGGCAAAUUUGGAAGCUGCCCUCACAAACAGGGAGAUUGAAGAGAAUCUUCAAGACGCCUACACCUUUCAGACACUUUGAAGCUCUUAAAUAUCUUGUGAUUAAGACCUGCCCGAAGUUACAGUUUGUAUUUUGGGAAUCAAUGAUUCAAUGUCUUUCCUACCUGGAGGAACUUGUUGUUGAGGACUGUGAAUGCUUGGAGAAAAUAAUCAAAGAGGAAAGCAAGAAAGUGAAGUACAAAGACAAUAUCCUUCCCAGGUUAAGGAAACUCGUCCUUUUCUACCUACCGGAGCUGGUUAGUCUUGGCUGUGGUGUUCAUGUGUCAGAAGAAAAAUUAAAUGUUCAUGGUUGUCCCAAGUUGAACCGAGCUUGAUAAAUUACAAAUUUUCAAGAAAUACAAGUUGGAUUUCCAAGGAGUAGGUGAUCAUCUAUUUGGUUACUGUGCUUGCAUUUUGAAAUGGAUAAGAAUGGCGUUGGCAUUAGUGGAAUUUGGAAGGUGGAACAAUCAGAGCAUGGAAGGGGUAGUACUGUGGCGCAAAGGGAGCCUGGGCUGGCUGGGGGCGUAGCAUUCUGCGCAAGGAGGCAGAAGCUGCUGACCGGGGCAGUUUCUUCUUACAUUUUUUCAUGUUCUAUGUAAUAGUUGGGUGCUUUGCAGAACAUUUAUUCUCUCCCGCAUGGCCGCCGCUCAGAAAUAUCUCCCUGCUGUUCCAUGCUACCCUCUCGCCGCCUUUCUUCCUCCACCAGGCAGUCCUACCGCUGCUCAAACCCUAGCCGCCCUCUCAAUUUGUUCGUCAGAAGAAAAUUGGCCCAAGGACGAACCCGAAUUCGACGGCACCUUCUUCAAGUCCAAUAGCCUCGUCUCUGUUUCUGGCCUACCACGACCCCCGCAUCUACGAAGCCAAAGUAAAUAGUUGUUGAUCAAAUCCUUCAACUUGGCAGCAAGAAAAGAGCAGAAGAGUUGGUAGGAUACAAAGCUUAUCCAUCUAUGUCUGACCAAACCACUGCCGACUCGUUACCAGCGUUGUUUAGCUGCCGUAUGCCUAUGUGGUUCUCUGCCAAGAAGCCCUAGGUAUCCGUGUCCUAGAGAGUUAGAAACCAAAAAAGAGCGCAACUUUUAGCAUCUCAAGUUGUUCGAGUUUCACUACCAAGUACAACAUUCUUCCUCAGAUCAGCUCAUCACGAAGGAUCUACUUCAGCUGGGAGCGACGUUCAGAUGAAGAAUGUGCCGUUCUUGCCCAGUAAUAAUUGCUCCAUAGCUUGAUAUGCCUUGUGUUCUUGAUAAUUGAAACAAUGUGUAAGAAUGCGGUGCAUCAAACAACAUUUCAAUCUCUUUUUAUACAUUGAAAUUUCUUGCCACUGCCUAUAUAAGUUGUUGUCUUCCUUGCUAAA